AUGGAAGCGCUGGGACCCGGGCCCCCAGCAAGCCUUUUCCAGCCACCCCGCCGCCCAGGCCUGGGAACUGUUGGGAAACCCAUCCGCCUCCUUGCCAAUCACUUUCAGGUUCAGAUCCCCAAGAUUGAUGUUUAUCACUAUGAUGUAGAUAUCAAACCAGAAAAACGCCCCCGAAGAGUCAACAGAGAGGUGGUGGAUACCAUGGUGAGACACUUCAAGAUGCAGAUAUUUGGUGAUCGGCAGCCUGGAUACGAUGGGAAGCGCAACAUGUACACAGCUCACCCCUUACCCAUCGGCCGGGACAGAGUGGAUAUGGAGGUGACGCUCCCAGGAGAGGGCAAGGACCAGACAUUUAAAGUCUCCAUUCAGUGGGUGUCAGUCGUCAGCCUUCAGCUGCUGCUGGAAGCUCUGGCUGGGCACUUGAAUGAAGUUCCUGAAGAUUCUGUGCAGGCUCUUGAUGUUAUCACUCGGCACCUUCCCUCCAUGAGGUACACUCCUGUGGGUCGCUCCUUUUUCUCCCCCCCUGAAGGUUAUUACCACCCCCUGGGAGGUGGCAGAGAGGUCUGGUUUGGUUUUCACCAGUCAGUCAGGCCUGCCAUGUGGAAUAUGAUGCUCAACAUCGAUGUGUCAGCAACUGCUUUCUAUCGUGCUCAGCCUAUUAUUGAGUUCAUGUGCGAGGUGUUGGACAUUCAGAACAUCAAUGAACAGACCAAGCCUCUUACAGACUCCCAGCGUGUCAAGUUUACCAAAGAAAUCAGAGGUCUAAAAGUGGAGGUUACCCACUGUGGGCAGAUGAAGAGAAAAUAUCGCGUGUGUAACGUGACCCGGCGGCCCGCCAGCCACCAGACGUUUCCUCUGCAGCUGGAAAAUGGGCAGGCUAUGGAGUGCACAGUAGCUCAGUAUUUUAAGCAGAAGUACAGUCUGCAGCUAAAAUAUCCUCACCUUCCCUGUCUCCAAGUAGGACAGGAACAGAAACACACAUACUUGCCACUUGAGGUGUGCAACAUCGUGGCAGGCCAGAGGUGCAUCAAGAAGCUCACAGACAAUCAGACCUCCACCAUGAUCAAAGCAACUGCAAGAUCUGCCCCAGACCGACAGGAGGAAAUCAGCAGACUCGUGAAAAGUAACAGCAUGGUUGGUGGGCCAGAUCCCUAUCUGAAGGAGUUUGGCAUUGUUGUCCAUAAUGAAAUGACAGAGCUGACAGGCAGAGUUUUGCCAGCACCAAUGCUGCAAUAUGGAGGCAGGAACAAGACUGUGGCCACACCAAACCAAGGUGUGUGGGACAUGAGAGGGAAGCAGUUCUAUGCUGGCAUUGAGAUUAAAGUUUGGGCUGUUGCCUGUUUUGCUCCUCAAAAACAAUGCAGGGAAGACUUGCUGAAGAGCUUCACGGACCAGCUGCGCAAGAUCUCCAAGGACGCCGGGAUGCCCAUCCAAGGCCAGCCCUGCUUCUGCAAAUAUGCCCAGGGGGCAGACAGUGUGGAGCCCAUGUUCAAACACCUGAAGCUGACCUAUGUGGGGCUGCAGCUGAUCGUGGUGAUCCUGCCCGGAAAGACGCCUGUGUACGCUGAAGUGAAGCGAGUUGGUGACACUCUCCUAGGAAUGGCCACUCAGUGUGUUCAGGUAAAGAAUGUGGUCAAAACCUCACCACAAACGCUCUCCAACCUGUGUCUGAAGAUAAACGCAAAGCUUGGAGGAAUCAACAAUGUGCUGGUACCUCAUCAAAGGCCAUCAGUGUUCCAGCAGCCAGUGAUCUUUUUGGGAGCAGAUGUCACUCACCCUCCUGCUGGGGAUGGGAAGAAGCCGUCGAUAGCGGCGGUGGUGGGCAGCAUGGACGGGCACCCCAGCCGGUACUGUGCUACCGUGCGCGUCCAGACCUCCCGCCAGGAGACCUCCCAGGAGCUGCUCUACAGCCAGGAGGUCAUACAGGACCUCACCAACAUGGUGCGAGAGCUGUUGAUCCAGUUCUACAAGUCCACUCGUUUCAAGCCCACCAGGAUCAUUUACUACAGAGGAGGAGUAUCAGAGGGACAGAUGAAGCAGGUAGCUUGGCCAGAGCUGAUAGCGAUCCGGAAGGCCUGCAUUAGUUUGGAAGAAGAUUAUAGACCAGGAAUAACCUACAUUGUCGUGCAGAAAAGGCACCACACCAGGCUGUUCUGUGCUGACAAAACUGAAAGGGUGGGUAAGAGUGGCAAUGUACCUGCAGGCACUACUGUGGACAGCACGAUCACACAUCCUUCUGAAUUUGACUUUUACCUCUGUAGCCAUGCAGGAAUUCAGGGAACCAGCCGGCCCUCCCACUACCAGGUCCUGUGGGAUGACAACUGCUUCACAGCGGACGAGCUGCAGCUCCUGACCUACCAGCUGUGCCACACCUAUGUCCGCUGCACCCGCUCUGUCUCCAUUCCAGCUCCUGCCUACUACGCCAGGCUGGUAGCAUUUAGGGCCAGAUACCAUCUUGUGGACAAGGAUCAUGACAGUGCUGAAGGCAGCCACGUGUCAGGACAGAGCAACGGCCGCGACCCUCAAGCUCUGGCAAAGGCGGUGCAGAUCCACCACGAUACUCAGCAUACCAUGUAUUUUGCUUGA